UUUUUAUUAUUUUAUUAAUGUUUGUUUAUUUAGUGAAUUUUAUUAAUGUUUUUUUCCUGGAGCUGAAAUGAUAUUAUCUCGUUAACUCUCACCAGGCUUAGUGGGUAGGGGAUGGAUGGAUGAAAUGGCUGUAGAAAGGACCUUACAGCUGACAUGUAACUCUCAGGGCUUAUCUUCCACCUUUGUUCAUUCUGGGUUUCAUGGCUGAGCCUCCUGUGCUAUUUGUGAGGCGUCUAACCUCUUCAUACCGCAGUCGAGGAAGCCUGUCCUGGGGGUAGCCAGGUUUGUUUGGAUAAGGAGUGGAAUGCCCUCCUGACUGAACCCCUCACACAGAGAAGGCCUCAUGAAGCCAGAUAUGGGCAGAUCAAACUCCAGUCGGGCGUUGCUUACCCAGAGACCUGACCCUGAGGGAGGAGCGUAAAAUCAGAAUGCAUUCUGGGAAGCCCGUAUUGUAGCUACACAUGCAAACCAUGAGCACUGAUCACAUAUGAGAUAAAACACAAGAUUUAAUGCAGUUUUCUGAAUAUAGGGCAAGGAGGCAUAGAAAGAGCACAGUACAGGUCCGCAUGGCUCCAGCCCGCAAGCCUGGGCUGUGAAGUUAUUGAUGCGCUCCAUGGGAUCUGGAAUUGGAUUGUUUUUUACAAGUUACUCCACCCUUGUGGAAUUUUAGUAUUGUUCAUGUUUGAGCAUUUUGGCACAACAAUAGCGUGCGUCUACAUUACAUUACCAACCUUAUCAGUCUCCUAAAAUGUACUGUGCUUCCUACAUUGUUAAAAGUGCCUAACAUGGCCGAUAUUUGCCAACUUGAAAAGGUUUCACAUGUUCUCCUCUCUUCGUGACUCUACUGGGCUAACGGUGGGAAGAUGAGUCUGAACGGCUUCCUGUUUGCGAGUACGCUUGUGUGAGAUAUCACAUUGAUAGCCCUCCUUUCGAGAGUCACUAUUAAUGCCGACUGAUCAAACUCAAGCUAAGGAUCCUCCACUGUUUAUUGACUCAUGAGCCAAGGACCCAUGACUCUGGUCAAUAAAGCGUCUAUACACAGCUGUUGGAGGAGAUAAAAGCAAAAUCCAGGCCAGCUGAAACUUCUCUUUGCAACAAUAUAAUUUUGACAUCAUCUGGUGUAACCAAGGCCGGACUUAUGUAAGGGUCAUCCUGGGCUGCGGCCUGGGCCAUGAAUCUUUAGGGGGGCCCAAUACCUCCCCCCCCCCAUAAAAUCAGCUCUGGAUGGAACUCAUUGUUUUUGCUCAGCUGCUAUAGCCUGGGCUGUGGAUGAGCGAGGACGGGCCGCCAGAGGGAAUGCUGGGAAAUCCACAGUCAGCUCAGAGCCUCUGUGUGUUUGUGUAAAGCUCACAGUGGUUAUCUAUUAACCUGAGCCUCGCUGACACCUCAAUGCCCAAGGCUUGCUGGUCUCAGUUUGCAUUGUGAUGGCUUCAGUCUAUCAUCUCCAGGCCCUCUGCCUCAUCUCCUCAUUUUGCAUCCUCCAGUCCCAGUUUGUGUCUCAAGAGAGCACGCGAUAUCGUCCCCAUCAAGGACGUCUGUUCCGCAAACUGCUUUUAGGGCGACAGAGAACAUGGGAGCAUUCUCUUCCAGUAUUGGACCAGAACCCCCCACCCAGGUUUGUGUUGCUGGCUCCCAACCUCCUCAGGACAGACAGCGACGAGAACAUCUACCUGGAGGCGAAUGGAGUGUCAGAGCCCUUGACGGUGACCAUAACAGUUGAAGACUUCCCAGAACGGAUAAUCCAAUUACUGCAUGACACGGUGCACCUGGGGAAGGACAAUGAUUACAAGGCACUCAAGGCUAUACAGCUUCCAUCCAGAAGCUUCUCAAGGGAGUCCAAAUCCAACAGCUAUGUGUACCUGACGGUGAACUUUGGCUCCCAUGUGGCUGAGAAGGUCCUCAUGGUCUCCUUCCAUUCUGGAUACAUCUUCAUCCAGACAGACAAGCCUGUCUUCAAUCCUGGCGACAUAUUGAAUUACAGGGCUUACGUGGCGAACCCAGAGUUCAAAGCCAUCAACAGCUCAGUCGCCAUUGAGAUCCAGAAUCCAGAUGGGUUAGUAAUCCAUGGAGUGUCACGGUCAGUAGCCAGAAAUGGAAUCUUCUCUGAGAAUUAUCGAUUACCAGACAUUGUUAGUGAGGGGGUAUGGAAGAUUCUUGCAAAGUUUGACAGCUGGCCUCAAAACCAGUUCAGCUCAGAAUUUGAAGUGAAAAAAUACGUGCUUCCUGCAUUCAAUGUCACCUUGACACCGAAUAAGCCUUAUUUCAGCGUGGAUGACAGUGAGCUGGAAGUGGAGGUCACGGCAAGCUAUCUCUACGGUGAGCCUGUCAAAGGGACUGCUUACGUGGUCUUUGGUGUUGAGGUGAACAAGGAAAAGAGAAGGUUGCCUCAUUCGUUGAAGCUCAUUGAGAAUCUGGAAAAGGGCAUGGCUGUGUUGAAGAUGUCCGACAUACAGAAAACGUUUCCGAACAUCAAAGAGCUGGUGGGCUGCCCCAUUUACGUCAAGGCCUCUGUCCUGACAUCUACCGGAAGUGACCUUGUGGAAGCUGAGAGGUCAGGCAUCAAGAUUGUGGAGUCUCCUUAUCAGAUUUCCUUCAAAGAUACUUCUAAGUUCUUCAAGCCUGGUUUGCCGUUUGAUCUCAUGGUUCAAGUGACCCAUCACGAUGGCUCACCAGCUCCAAAUGUCCCAUUCAAGCUGACCUUGAAUUCCGACACCGUGGCCAUCAGCUCUCACCGAGGGGUCAGCGAGGUGUCUCUCAACAUGCCCCCAAACCCUCAGCUUCAGACCAUAACCGCUGAGACGACAAAGAGUGAUCUGAAGGCAGAACACCAAGCCAAGAGGCAGCUGGUGGUAUGGCCUUACACCCCAUUUAACACCAUGAGCCAAAACUACCUGUACAUCUCCGGUGGAGCUCGACAAGUAUCUGUGGGAGCCCGCCUCAAUAUGGAGGUCCACAUGAGGAAUUCCGUUGAAUCGCACAAAGAUCUCAUCAAACACUUCACUUACCUGGUGUUAAACAAGGGCAAGAUCAUUGUCGCAGACCACAUGCCCAGGAGCGGCCAGCUUGUCACCAGCAUCCCUCUGGUUGUCACCCCAGAGAUGAUGCCGUCCUUCCGCUUCGUGGCCUUCUACAUCCUCCCGUGGGUGGGCACGUCAGAGGUGGUGGCAGACUCGGUGUGGGUGGACGUCGUGGACAGAUGCGUGGGCACGCUAAAAAUCACUGAGGCAGAAGGAGGCAACGAACCUAUUUACCAACCUGGGAAGCCCUUUAAAUUUGAGAUCAGAGGCGACCCCGGAACCAGCGUGAGCCUGCUGGCAGUGGACAAUGCAGUGUUUUUGCUCAACAACCAGAACAGGCUGAGCCAGAGCAAGAUCUGGAACGUGGUGGAGCGAGGUGAUAUCGGCUGCACCCAGGGUGGAGGUCAGGACAGCCAGGGGGUGUUCAGCGAUGCUGGUCUGACGUUCCACUCCAACAACGUGAGGGUCACAGACACACGACAAGGCGUUAAAUGUGCCAAGUCUUCCAGAAGGAGACGUUCUGUGAGGAUACUACAGAACAAGUCUACACUUGAGGACCAGUAUAAAGACCGCACCCUGCGGAGGUGCUGUCAGGAUGGCAUGCGGGAGAUCCCCAUGGACUACUCCUGUGCCCGGCGAUCACGUUACGUGACAGAGGGGUUCGAGUGCGUCCAGGCUUUCCUGCACUGCUGCUCGCAGUACCGGGGAGAGGAGCUGGACAGCCACACCAGCAGGCCCACCAUCACUGAACCUGCUACUGGUUUUGCUAUAAGCCGACAUGUUCCAUUUAUGCAGAGUCCGGUCAGAACAAUGGCUAGAAAAUUUAUGCUGCAAUCCAUGCCUUCAGUACAAUCUAGGUCAGAGCAAGUUGUUAAACAAAAUGAAGAAGAGGAGGAAGAGGAAGAAGCUGACGUGAUUAAAGAGCGCGAUGUUUAUGUCCGCUCAAAGUUCUUCGAGACCUGGCUGUGGAAUGAAAUCACUCUGCCGCACAGUCCAGCAAGCGGCCAUGGAGAUGGACUGGCGUCACACACCGUGAUGUCAGCCCUUCCCGACUCCAUCACGAAGUGGGGCAUUCUCGCCAUUGGCUCGUCUCCCACCAAAGGGUUUUGUGUAGCAGACCCCUAUAAUAUCGUGGCCAGGAAGGACUUCUUUGUGGACCUGCGGCUGCCGUAUUCUGUAGCCAGAAAUGAGCAAGUAGAGGUCAAAGCGGUCAUCCACAAUUACAACAACCAAGACAUGGAGGUUAUCGUGAUCCUGUACAAGACGACAGAUAUCUGCAGCGUGGCCUUCACCGAGGAUCACCGGCAGGAGGUGAGCGUCCGUGCCCAGUCCUCGAGGGCCAUCCCAUACACCAUCAUCCCGCUGAAGGCCGGACAGCAGGAGCUCGAGAUCAAGGUCCUCGGUCGCGGUUUCACCGGACACGACGGCGUGAGGAAGCAACUGCGUGUUGUGUUGGAGGGAGUGCAGAGGACCAAAGUUCAAAGUUUUGUUUUAAACCCAUCACUCCAAGGUGACAAGGAUGGGAAACAACUGGUAAAGAUUUCCAACAUCAAGUUGGAUUCUGUGGUGCCCAAUUCAAUCCCAGAGACAUACAUCAAUGUCCGAGGUAGCGUGAUCGCCGACACCAUCGACAACUCUAUCAGCGACGACUCCCUGGCCUCGCUGUUACGCAUGCCGGGCGGCUGCGUGGAGCAGAACCUGGCCAGCAUCACGCUGCCCCUCAUCGCCACGCACUACCUGGACCGGGCGCAGCAGUGGGAGAGCGUGGGGGUGCAGCGGCGUCUCGAAGCCGUCACAUACAUCAAGAAAGGUUAUGAGAAACAGCUGGCAUACGCCAAGAAAGACAACUCAUACCCACCAUAUCGGAAUGAAGGAACGAGCACAUGGAUAACAGCGUACGUGGUCAAGGUCUUUUCCAUGACCUACCCCAUUGUAAGCAUCAAUCAGGAGCACCUGUGCGGCCCCCUGCUGUACCUGCUGAAGCAGAAGCAGCAGUUGGAUGGAUCCUUCAAAGAAGACAAUCCGGUCUACGCAGCCGCCAUGACUGGAGGUAUACAAGGGGUGGAGUCCACAGCCACCCUGACAGCCUUCGUGCUGAUAGCCAUGUCAGAAGCCAAGGCUGUGGUGGACUGCCAUGAACCUGGCUUAUCGACAGAGAACCAAAUGAGGAAGUCCGUGAGCUACCUGAGGAAUCAGUUGCCGCGGCUGAGCAGACCCUAUUCCGUGGCCAUCGCAGCGUAUGCUCUGGCCUUGAUGGGCGAAAACCGAGACUUCCUCAGAGACCACAUGCAGAGGGUUGCUUCUACAGAUCUAACUCACUGGCCAGACUCAGACAACUCCCUGUUCACCCUGGAGGCCACUGGCUACGCGUUACUCGCCCACGUGAAAACCGGGGAGAUGGAGCGAGCGGGUCCCAUCUUCCACUGGCUCAAUGGAAGACGAAAACAAGGCGGAGGCUAUGGCUCCACACAGCCCACCAUGGUAGUCCUGCAGAGUCUGUCAAACUACCUGAUCCAGAAGCCUCCUCCUCAGGACCUGAGCCUCAACGUGGCCCUAAGCAUCCAUGGACGCAGGGACACAACCUGGUCUUUCACCCCCAAGACGGCCUACCAGGCUCGCUCCACCAAGACAAAUAUAAACCAGGAAUUUACGGUGGAAGCUUCUGGAAAAGGUCAAGGCAUCCUUGAGAUUGUGACCAUUUACAAUGAGCUGCCUGAUGACCAGGACAAAAAAAGCUGCAAGAACUUUGAAUUGCGGGUCUCAAUAGAAGAGAUAAGCGAUGGAAAGCCUUCCCCGGAUAAUGAGCGGUCAUACAGACUCGACAUCAAUGUGAGAGCACUGGGUCAGGAUGAGGUCAGAAUGACUGUACUGGAUAUUACCCUUCCCACUGGGUUCGUCCCAGAAACCAGAGAUCUUGAAACGUUGACCAACUCCGUGGACCGCUACAUUAACAAUUACGAGAUUGUGGAUAGUCUGAGUGACAGGGGAUCCCUCAUAAUUCACCUCUUCAAGGUGUCGAACACGCAAAGCGAGACCAUCUCCUUCAGGUUGCUCCAGAAGUUCAAUGUGGGACUGAUCCAACCAUCUUCGGUCACAGUCUACGAAUAUUACAACCCAGAGCACCGCUGCAUGAAGUUCUACAGUCCGCUGGGAGAAAAGGCUGAACUGCAGCAGAUCUGCGGCGAGGAGACGUGCCGCUGUGCUGAAGGUGACUGCUGUGUCUCAAAGAAGCGAGAUAAGUCCCUCACCAGCUUCAUGCGCCAUGAUGUAGCCUGCGAUGGCCUCAAGUACGUGUAUAAAGUUGGGGUCUCCAAAAUCAGCAGGGGCCAAUAUGACAGAUAUGAGGUGGAAAUAAAAAAUGUUAUAAAAGAAGGAACACAUACUGGAAUUCAGGCACCAGGAAAAAUCGUCUUCUUAUCACAUGCCGGUUGCCGCAACGGUCUGGACCUCCAGGAAGGCAGAGACUAUUUGAUCAUAGGACCUCCUGAGGACGUUUGGCAUCAGGAUGGCGACACCAGCAGCUUCACCUACGUGUUGGGAAAGAGAACUUGGGUGGAGCUCUGGCCAACGGAGGCCGAGUGCCAGAGCGACGCGUCGCUCCAGGAGACACGCAGCCAGAUGGAGGAGUUUGCAACCAGCAUUCUAGAGAACGGCUGCCAGUUUUGAGAAUUCCCACAACCGCCAAUCAUCACUGUGACCAAAAGUUCCAUGCGGAGGGACGUGGGGCGGGGCUAACAGAAAACAGGAUCGCAGACAGUCCUGUGGAUCAUCACUAUGACUUUUCAAUGCAAUAUUGCACAACUGUUCUGGAUAAAAAGGAAUUUGUUUUAUCACUGAAUGUCCAUAAUGUAUGUC